AUGGCCGACGGCGGCGGCACCGGCAGCUCCGGCUCCUGGUGGAGCUCGCUAACCAACAGCAGGAAGAAAAGCAAGGACGCCGCGGGGGGUGCGCAGCCUCCCCCGCAGCCUGUCCCCGGGGAACCCGCGCCGCCCGGCUCAGACUGGACUAGCAGUUCCCAGGAGAAUCAGCACCCCAAUCUCCUCGCGGGCGCCGGCGAGCCCCACAAGCCAGACAAGUUGGGCGGGGAGAAAUCGGGCAACAGCCGCCGAAAUUUGAAGAUCUCGCGCUCGGGCCGCUUUAAAGAGAAGAGGAAAGUGCGCGCCACUCUUCUCCCCGAGGGAGUCCGGUCCUCGGAGGAGGCGGACUUCCCUGGUGACCCCCACGAAGAGCAGUAGCCCGAGCGCUCCAGCAUUAUCUCGCACCACGCCUCCCAACCCCCAGUUCCAAACCCGAGAAUUCUGACCCGCCCUGUACUUGGCGUCUCAUCCCACCAAACUCGGAAUAUUCGCACAAGGCCUCCAGAUUAUAUUUUCCUGGAAAUCGACGUGACAGUUGAGUGUUCCGUAUUUCACGACUCAAGGAUGCAUUAAAUAUUUUUCGUGGUAAGAGAAGAUACCGCAGAGGAAGUUGGCAUAAUUUUUGUUUUCUAAAAACUUCCGUGGCCUCCUAUGCAUCGCCCUUGGGAGUGAGAAGGGUACUUUUAUUUAUAAGAGACCUUAGCUCAACUGGAACUGCGCAGCCCUGCAAUGAGGACCUCUUGCUCUGAUUCCGGACUUGCUAUUGGAAAGCAAAUCACAGUACUGUCUUUAAUGCCUGAGAAAUGCACUUUAGGAGUACUUCUGUAGACUUAUACCUUAAGUGAAGGGACGGGAGAGGGCAAGAAGCAUUCUUAAGUAGAAGCAUUUUAAGUAAGGCAAGAUUGCUUUUAAUGCUGAACUGCAAAACUGUACUGCCUGUUUUA